UUGCGAGAAGUGUUUACACAGCUGAUGGCAGAGCAGGAAUCUGCUGUUUUUGCUGAGGAGCAGAAGGUUUCUGAUUUUGACAGCAUGAGCAAAAGAAACACAAUAAUUGGAGAUGUACUGUAGUCUGUGGGAGAGCAGAGAUGGAUUCCGCAUUUGAGAGACACUGCUCGGAGCUGGCGGCCCGGGAAAGGAGCGGACACACGGCUGUGGUGGUGGAUAACCUGCUGUAUGUGUGGGGAGGCUACAUGUCAGUCGCUGACGAGGAAGUUUUCCUUCCCAGUGAUGAAAUCUGGCAGUAUGACCUAGAAGCUGGUAUAUGGAAGGUGUUUCACAUGACAGGCGAAGUUCCUCCAUCCAUGUCUGGGACCUGUGGCUGCUCCCUGAAUGGACACAUGUACAUAUUUGGAGGUUGUGACGAUAAUGGACAGACCAAUCAGAUGUACCGUGUUGACCUGACAGACGGUAAAUAUAUGUGGAGGAAAAUCGUACAAGAGUUUGGUUCCUCUCCUUCACCUCGAGAUAAACUAUCCUGCUGGGUUUACAAUGGAAGGCUCAUCUACUUUGGAGGAUAUGGUCACAAGCUGCUGACUGAUAUUAACAACAGGAACAGAAGCUUUAUUGUUGAUGAAACAUCAUGGGUGGAAGAUGUGUUUUGGGGAUGGAACAAUGAAGUUCAUGUAUUUGACCCCACACAAGUCAGUUGGUGUGAACCACAAACCCAUGGUCGUGCUCCAGCUCCAAGGGCAGCCCACGCUGGUGCCACACUUGGAUGCAAAGGAUACAUCUGUGGAGGAAGAGUCAUGGAAACCAGGACGAGUGAUAUUCACUGUCUAGACCUCGAAUCAUGGACAUGGUCAGAAAUAAUCCCACUGUCCAACACCCCAGUGGGCAGAUCAUGGCAUACGCUCACGGCAGUGUCAGAUACAGCCAUGUUCCUGUUUGGAGGUCUCAGUGUAGACUGCAAACCAAUGAGUGAUGGUUGGUUGUUUGAUGCUGAAACAAAGAAAUGGAGGGAGCUUGAGCAUCCCUAUAAGAAUAAGCCCAGGCUGUGGCACACAGCAUGUGCCAGCAAAGACUCUGACGUGAUAGUGUUUGGUGGAAGUUGCGACUACAUCCUCCUUGUUGACACCGGACACUGCAAUGAAGCACUUGUUUUCCAGAUGCAACCAUAUCCUCUCUUUAGGAUUUGUGAGGAUUACAUUGCAAAGAAUGUGAGAAACUCUGAGAGGCUCAGAAAUCAGCUUCCUCUUCUACCUCCCAAGCUACAGAAGGCACUACAGAGGAGAAUAUCCUUCUACAGGCCUUCAAAGAAGCAGAAUAACAGUUAAAAAUAACUUAAAUGGGAAUAAGAAUGCUUUAUCAUAUGCUUUUUACUUUGGGGGGACUUUGGGAGGAAUAUUUUAUGUUUUAUUUUAUUCUUUUAAGAUAUCUAUUAUUUUAUACAGUUCUUGCCAAAGCACUCAACUGUCCAUUCAAUAGCUGUGAUUAAUAAAUAAGCUAUUAAAAG